CGGCGGCAGACUGCUUUCAUCUCAGCCUUGGUUCCCCUAAAUAAGUGAGGAAGUCUACAUGUGAGGAGCAAGCGGAGGCAAGGGCUCAUCUCUCGCGAGGAACGACGCCGUUAUCGGAAUCUCUACAAACAACACGAGAAUUCAUCAUUCACACGUUGUGAACAAUGUCUGCACAAGAGUUGGGUGAAAUUGUGCAAAUAACAGUGGAGGACUUUAACCAAGAAGACCGGACAGAGAUGCUUGACAAUCAUGAAGAAGAUGAAGAAAAGCCUCCAAAGAAAAAGAGGAAAUUAAGCAACAGCCAAGAGAAUAACAACAACCAAGACAUAUCUUUUAUAAAGAACAUGUUGGUCUCAUUCACUGCAUCAAUCAGCAAUCGACUGGAGGGAAUUGAAUCAAAGUUACAGGCUCUGGAUGCUACAUGCAAAGCUCUUGGACGCAAACUAGACAGCAUGGUGCCCUCUGCAAAGAGUCCAAUCCAGGUUCCUAUGGUUGCAGGGUCUCCUCAGGGGGCCACUCAGACGUGGAACAAAGUGCGCUGUGUUGUUCCACAAACAAAUGUGAUAGUGAGCAGUGAGCACCCGAAGGGCACUCCUAGUCAAGAAGAAACCCCUCUGGAGAAUCUGCUCAGCAACACAGUGACCAGGAAGCGUCAGAACACAAUCCUGGUAAAGGUGCCUGGCCCUGAGGAGAGUCAGGAAGAACAGGAAAGUGGCUCAGAAGCCAGUGACACUGUUUCUAAUGGUGGCCAUUCCAGCGGUGUGCAAAAUGGCCCAAAUGUCACACUCAUCACACUCAAUUCAGAAGAUGAUUAUCCAGCAGGCACCUGGCUGGGAGAUGAGAACAACCCAGAGAUGCGAGUUCGUUGCCCAGUGUCUCCAGCUGACAUGCUCCAUAUCACCACAAACUGCCGCACAGCAGAGAAAAUGGCACUGACGCUGCUGGACUACCUGUUUCAUCGAGAGGUCCAGGCCAUGUCAAACCUCUCUGGCCAGGGAAUACACGGCAAGAAACAGCUGGACCCACUCAUGAUCUAUGGCAUUCGCUGCCACUUGUUCCACAAAUUUGGCAUCACCGAGUCAGACUGGUACCGCAUUAAGCAAAGCAUUGAUUCAAAAUGUCGCACCGCCUGGAGGCGCAAGCAGCGUGGCCAGAGCCUGGCUGUCAAGAGCUUCUCCAAACGCACACCUCGCAGUACAUCCACGGAGGGAGGCAUGGCAGAAGAAACGGCUCACAUUGAGACCGCCACCCAGCAGACCUUGCACUACACACUGGCCAAUCAACAAGUCCAGUUUCACCGUAUUGGCGAGGAUGGACAAGUUCAGGUGAUUCCACAGGGUCAGCUGCACAUCGCCCAGGUGCCACAAGGAGAGGAGGUGCAGAUCACACAGGACAGCGAGGGAAAUCUCCAGAUCCACCAGGUGCAUGUUGGUCAGGAUGGACAGGUGCUACGUGGGGCUCAGCUCAUCGCGGUGGCAUCAGCUGAUGGCGGGGCCACAGCAGUAGAGGGCUCCCCCCUCCCCCCUGACAUCCAAGUGCAGUACGUCCAACUAGCCCCUGUCGCAGAUCACACAGCUGCCGUACAGGCUGCUGAGCUGGCCCCGGCCUUGCAGGCGGACAUAGAGGUGAAAGAGGCCAUCCAGGGCGCCAUCCAGGGAGAGAACGGCGAGGUGGUCCAGAUUGUCACCUCUGUGGCCACCUGAGAGCCCCGUCCUGUUCGACACAGCCCUGAACUCUGCUCCGCAGCAUGGCCUGACGAGUCUCAACGGAACAUCAGAAGUCGACAAAUGCACACAUUCUGACGAGCACUUAAGUCAGAGAGCGUUUUUUUAACAAGUACUAAAGGUCACUGUCGAAACACAGGGAAGAAGCAUUUUUCAGUUUUUUGUUUUCCCUUGCAAACUCCUCACUCCGUUGCCAACCGUAUGUCGCAAUAUGGAAAUGUUCACAGAGAACUUGAAAAGACCAUGAUACUCUAAAAAAUCAACUGUGGUCUUUCUGGUGUUUUCAUCACCAGAAGGACCUGGCCCACCGCAGAAUACACAGUGGGAUUAUUGACUAUCCAGGGAGGACGCUGCUUAUGCAGACCAUCACCCUGCCACUUCAUCAGCACACACGCUUGUUUACAUCAACUUUGGAAAAUAGUGGAGUUAUUUGGAGUUAAGCCGCUUGGCUAACCCCGAAACCCCCAUGAGGGUUUGUAAAACCCCUAAAUCCCACCUCAAACAACCAGUACUGUGCUCCUUUUCUCGUCAUUUCUUGUCACGGUGGACAGCAGUGGAAAGUAGAUUUAGCUGAGCACAGCUACUCUUGGUUGUGAUUAAUUUGGUUUCCUGUCACUCUCCAUGAUUCAGUCCAUACUAUGUCUCCCGGCUGUGAGCGCUGCCUUCCUUUACUUUGCUCUUUCUUGUUUUCAUUCUGCUUUAGCCGCACAGCUUUGUUUGUUUGUUUGAUUUAUCUAAUUGUAACAUGCCGAAAUUUUUGGGCAGCUUUAAUUUUGGAGGUAGAAGACCAUGAAAUAGAAGAGAUGGUGCCAGUGGUAGACAGCACAAGUUGCUUGUAGAAAACCAACGAAACCUUGAAGUUGUUUAUUUCCCCCAGUUUUGUCUCUGUGAAAGAUACAUUCAUGUGAAUAAAAACAUGUUUGUGGUUGCCAUAAAAGUGUGUUUUUAUUUUGGUUUCUCACUGUAUUCGCUCUUUAUUUCCAUCAACCGUGGUCGUCAAAAUGGCUUCAAAGAUUUUCAAGACAUGACUUUGCUUUCAUCCAUUGCACAAAGACAGUUGAAGAGAGCGUGAAAUGAUAGUUUGGUUUUGAGGUCUUGUUUCAUGUUGAGCUUAUUUAUUUACUAUUGUUGAAGUAAACAUGUAUCUAGUCAACUUUAAUAACCAUACCAUAAGGCUACUGUAUUGUCAGCAAUCCUGACCUUUUGAGCGAAGCUUUUACAUGGACUCAAUAAGGUUUUUGUCAAAAGAUAAAGUAUUGCAUUUCAAGAUCCACUCUAUAUGCUCACUGCAUGCUUAUGUUUUCCUGUCAUGAGACACUGAGAAUGUGUUGUUGUGUUGUGUUGGAGUGAUGCUCUGCUAAUGAUGAAUAUCCCUGCAGUCAGCAAUAAAAGAGAUAAGCAAGACACUCUGGGACUGUGUGUUGGUUUGGGGAAGUUUUCCCAUGCUCGGUGUGAUGUAAUAGUGUAUUUUGGAGUAGGGGGAAAAGAACCAGGCGACAAAAUGAACUUGAUAAAACAACAUGCACGGUCUUGGCUGCUUCCUCUUGUUUCCUUUCAGUCUGUUGUUGCUGUCUCUGACCCGCUUUACGCUCCCUCCUCAUCUCGCCCAGCUCUCUUACAUAUUCCUCUUCUCCCACUCAACUUGUGUUUUCCUCUUUCUCCUUUGGAAGCCGCGUUAAAGUCCAUUUUAAUCCAAAUUUAAUUGGAUAGACUGGUGGGUCCAUCCCUUUAAAAUAAUCUUGAUGUAGCUGAGUCAAAAUGUUGGCUUGGACAACUGUCUCUCCCCCAGUGACCCCCUCCAUUAAAUCUUGGACUUGGAAAGGAACAGACCCUGCUCGUAACGGCCUUUUGCUCUUCACUUUUACAACCCCUGGGCUCCAUCCAGGAGCUGGAGAGGUUACCAUAGUGACGGGCCCUCUCUCUGGCUGCCUCUAAGAUAACCUGCUGAAAACAGAAAUGAAUGAUAGAUGGAGAGAUGAGAUUGUUUGGAAGCGGACGGCAUGUUUGAGGAGAAGGAGUGGAGUGAUGAACAGAGACCAGGCGGUGUAUCUUUCCCUUCCUUCUCUCAGCAGCUCUGUGUUCUCCUGCAGUCACGGCCGCUCUGCUGGCAUCUGCCUCAACAUGCAAGUACUAACCUCUGCAGCUCGCCCUGGAUUUUACUUUGCCUGCAAAAUUUCCGCUCUUGCUCAAACUUUUUUACAAGGCUGGAGGAGUUAUCUCAGGACGUGUAAAGAUGAGUGAACAUAUUUGUUGGAGCAAAAAUGUCCAAACAGAAUGUGUCUCAAGCAUCAUAAAUCAGCAACUGUUAAUCUUGAGGAAACAAAGCUCCCCACAUCCAGAAUUUAUCUGUUUCAUGCCAGCGGACAGAUUAAAGCAGCACAGUGGUGUCACAGUCCACAGGGUGUACACAUUUUUUUUUUCUCACUUGCUGAAUAUUCCAAAAGGUCAUGAGGAAGGCAUGAAAAGUUUGUCUUGAGAAACAUCUCUGCUGUUUGAUUGUUUCCUGUUGCAUGCGAGCGCAGCGUGUUUAGCUUUAUAUAGACAUUAAAUUAUGGGGAUUCUGGAUGUAUAUGCGGCUCUGUUCUCAAAUUAGAUCGCAGCAUUUAGGGGAAGCUUAGCAACGUGACUGUUGUUACAUGCAUCAUAAAAUGGAAAGAGCUGCUGGAAGUCAGUUUAUGGGAUGGUGAGCAUCCAAAAAUUGUAGCUAUGGUCAAUAAUUUAACUGCCCUUUUGGUUGCUCAAUAAAAGAUGACAAGCUGUUGAAAAAAA